ACUUCUGUCGCCCAGCUCCCUUCCGGUAGAAAGACCCAGGGACGAGAGUGUGAAGUCAGACCUCACAGGGGCAAAAAGAAAGCCGUCCAAAGCCAGCUGGUCUGGCUUUGAGGAAAGCAAGGGAGACAGAAAGCAAAAGAGAGAGAGAGAGCGUGAGAGAGGAAGGCAGAUAGAAAGAGAGACAGAGAACAAGAGAGAAAAUUUAAGGAAUGCAAAGGAAGUUAAAGUAAGUGUGGCACACCUGAGAAAGAUACCUGAGGAAGGCCGGCCAGCAGGUUCUGUGAAGGUAAUUGAUCGUCACAUGAAACAGGGUAUUUUACCCAAGGAGGAGAAAGCAUCAGGAAGCUCCGAGUAGAGAGACGCAUUGAAAGCAAAGGAAGAAAGAACGUAAAGAAGACUUGAGCUGGAUAUUUUGGGUCCAGGACUGAGGAUUGUGCUGCUUCGUUUGUUAGGUUUCACAGAUCGUGGUGUGGACACCUGAAGAAAAAGACACAGAAAGAAAUAGAGUGAGAGAGAAAGUCUCGAGAAGAAAGAGUGGAGUAAAAUGUGCUAGGGGAGUGAAGGCAGACAAACUCUCGUGUUUUUCUGAUAUUCUCGGAGUGUCGGAGAGACCAAGCAGGACGCCAAGAUGGGACGGAAGAAGAUACAGAUCACACGGAUCAUGGAUGAGAGGAACCGGCAGGUUACCUUCACAAAACGGAAGUUUGGUUUGAUGAAGAAAGCUUAUGAGCUCAGCGUAUUGUGUGACUGUGAGAUUGCCCUGAUCAUAUUCAACAGCUCGAACAAACUCUUUCAGUAUGCCAGCACUGACAUGGACAAAGUCCUACUUAAGUACACAGAAUACAACGAACCCCAUGAGAGCAGAACCAACUCUGACAUUGUAGAGAAAUUAAGAAACAAAGGCCAUAUCGACUGUGCCAGUCCUGAUCCAGAUGACUGUUUCGGUCACAGUCCCCUCAUGGACGAUCGUUUCGGCAAACUAAAUGAAGAAAGUGAUUUAAUGUACAAGCGCUGUGGUGCGCUUAACAAGAAAGAACACAGAGGCUGUGAUAGCCCGGAUCCUGACGCUUCAUAUGUCCUCACCCCUCACACAGAAGAAAAAUAUAAAAAAAUUAAUGAAGAGUUUGAUAAUAUGAUGCGAAAUCAUAAAAUCCCGACAGCCUUGCCCCCGCAGAACUUCUCCAUGCAUGUGGCUGUGCCAGUGACGAACCCCAACGCCAUGUCCUACAUCCCCGGGGCCUCUCUGAGCAGCCAGAGCCUGUCGGUCGCCACUGCCUCUCUGAGUGACGGUGCCAUGCUGUCUCCUCCACAGGGUUCCCUGCACAGAAACUUAGUGUCUGCCGGGGCCCCACAGAGGCCCCCCAGCACAGGCAGCGCAGGUUAGUGCUAUUCCCUCUACGUUUUUUCAUUUCUACCAGCAAAAGUGGGGCAGGUUCUGCACCGUCACAGGAUUGUGGGAUUGUAAUGGCUUAUAUAUCAAGAGAUGUGUUUUCUGUCUUAUUGCUUUGCUUUGAAAGUUCAAUACAGAUGUUGUUUUUUCUACAUCUCACAUUGAGAAAUCUGUAGUAAUGGAACAGUAAUGUUGUUUCCCAGCUGCUAUGUACAGACAUCUAUAUG